UUGCUUAGACACGGAAGCUUGCUCGAAGAAGUGUUGGUUUCUUGUUAUUAGGCUACCUUCUAUCGGAGGGAUGUGUCCCCUCGCCAAGAUGCUGCUCAUAAUUCUCACACUCAUCGGAUCAGGUUUAGCAACUUCCAAUACUUACUAUGGCACAGAAAUUGGAAAAUUUGCCACACAUUUUCAUGAUGUAGCGGGAGAUGUGUAUGCAGUAAAUGAAAAAACUUUAUUCAUAAAGAAUUUUAAUUAUGAUGGAAAAGGUGCAGACGCUGUCUUUUGGGUUGGACUUACUUCAACGCCGGACAACACUGGAUUUGUCAUUCAUCCUAAUCGAGAUUCUAAUGAAAUUCUCAAACCUCAUCUCAACCAAGACGUUAUCCUGCAUUUGCCAGAAGGAAUUAAAAUAACUGAUCUUCGGUGGCUUUCCGUUUGGAGUAGAAAAUUUUCGAUCAGUUUUGGAACAGUUAUUUUCCCCCCUCUACUAAUCAUUCCUCAACCAGCCAUCAUUGGCUCUUUAAACAGCACAAGACAAGGAGUUUCUUCUGGCACGAUUCUUGUUCUCGAUUCUCAGACAUUUUUAAUCUCUGACUUUAGUUAUGAUGGUUCUGGAACAGACGUACACUGGUGGGUGUCAAAAAGCGCCACACCGGAUUCAGAUGCUUUACAACUUCAAGACGAAGAUGGAAAUAAUGCAUCUCUCCAAGAGCGCAAAAAUAAGACUGUGAUCAUUACUUUGCCAGAUAGACAUUCUGUGAUGGAUUACGCUUUUCUGAUCCUUUGGAACAACGACGAAAAGGAAAAUUAUGGUUUUGUUGAAAUACCAAGAGAUUUGAAUGUUCCACCAUCGCUUCGUACUCUUGAAGUAGAAACAGAAGCUGAAACGAACAAGAUUAAUUGUGAGAUGCUGAAUGAUAAUUUAGGACUUGAAAUUCGAUGGCUUAUAAGCGGAAAUGACAUCAUAAUUCAUCUGGUCGGAAAUCUAGAAGAACGUGAAUACAUUAUGUUCGGUUUAAGCAAAGACGAUACUGAAACAAGAUUCGAUUCAGCUGACGCAGCAGUUGCAUGGAUUGACAAGGAUGGAAAAGGCCAUGUUGUCGAUUAUUAUUUGGAAAAUACAGAAACAUGCGUGGAUGGCCAUGGAAUGUGCCCAGAUGACGUCCACGAAGGGUUCAGUAACAAUCUUCUCUUCUUAAAUGCCACCCAGUUCAACAAAACCUCGAUGAUAACUUUCAAAAGACCCUUGAAAGCAGAGGACAAAAUAUAUGAUCAAAAUAUUUAUACUGAUGGGCCACAAGCUGUCUUAUGGGCUGUAGGUCCAAUUGAAGAAGGAAAUUUACCUGGAACACCAAAACUGCACACUAGAGGUAACCUUCUUCUUGACUUUGGGCGUGACCCAAAUUGGAAUUGCCCACUGUUAAACGAUGAAGGCCCUACAAAAGUUGCAGUAGAACAACAUCAGUUUGAGAUUCACUGUCCAAGUGAUCAUACGUUUAGAGCUCAAAUGGGCCCUCAUACUAGUAAAAACUUCACUUAUAUAUGGUACAUCAAUGGCUUGCCUACACCCGAAUUAACUGUUCAAAGAGGUCAAGAAUACACUUUCAUUGUGGAAGGAGGAAUGGGCCCUUCGAUAAGAAAUCCACUCUACAUCACAAAUAGCAGUGAAGGAGGAAUUUAUCAAAACCUUUUGGAGGGCACAGACUCUUAUGAAAAUGCUUUUGCUGGCGUGCACCAUGAUGUUAUAAAUGGAUUGUACUUUCCUACCUCUGAAGGAAGACUUUGUUUGUGGAGUGUAUCGGAUCAAGACCCAGAACAUUCGGUGACGACGUCAUUUGCCGAUUCCAUUUCAGCAUUAAUGCUUUCGUGUGAACCUGGAAAUUAUGCAAAACUUGUAUGGACGCCUGAUGCAGAUACUCCGAAUACAGUAUACUAUCAGAGCUUUACAGAGAAGCAUCUGGGAGGAAAGAUUCGAGUACUGAAUUUUUGUGAAGAAACUACUUUAGAUUCGUAUUUGAAAGAAGUGAAAAACACUUCUUCCAAUCUUAAUGAAAGGUCUCGUAUUAAAGGAAAUCAAUUAAAACCAGAAUUGGAAAGAGAAUGGAACUUCGAAAGAACAAAGCAUUCUUCAGAUUUAGAGAACAGUAGUGAAUUAAUCGAAAAGGAAAGUGAACCAGAUUUAGAGGAAAAAGAAGUAGACGAGCAAUAUAGAAAUAUUAUAAAUAAAAUUCCAGAUAGUGACGAAAGCCUUUUAGGAAUAAAGAAUCAACGAAGUGCAACUAUUAUUGGCGAUCAAGCGAAUGAUGAUAAUCGUAACAUUUUUGAUACUGUUCAAAUAAAUAAUAAUUCAUCAGAAGAAACAGAAACUUUGGAUUCCUCUCGGACGAAAGAACCUUUACAACUGGAAAUUUCGCAGCCUCUUUCAUCAGACUCUCUUCAUCCACAUGAUGAAUCAGAAAGAUCAGAUAAAAAUAUUCACCAUCACCAAAACACGGAAGCGAAAACUACAGUUAGACAUAAUAAAAUUCCAGUAGGAGACUACAGUUCCCAAGAGAAACCAGUAAUGAAACAGCAAACACCAUCUGUUAAUGUUCAUCAAAAAGAAGUAAUUCAAACACCACGACAGCCCGCGAGAUUUAAACCUCAAUUUCAGGGGGGCUUUGUACCUUUAGUUUUGAAUCCAAUUAAAGAAAAAGAAUCUUCUUUGUCUCAGGAAUUUGAUCAUCCCCCAUCACAUUUCCGAAGACCUCAUAGGCCUUUCCUCUUUAAUGAAUCAAUACCAUUCCAUGGAACUUUCAAACCUGGAGUGCCAGAUUUCAGCGGAUUCAAUAUCUCUCAUUACUCACAAGAUGAAUCUUAUCCUCUGAAUCAUGUUUUAGAUCAUUUACCUGUACUAUCCGCUUCGAAUCCUCAAAUGAUUCAUAGGCCUCUUACUUCAAUGAACGGUCUACCUCCAGAGUUAUUUCAGAGACAAGUAGGACUACAACAAAGACCUCAGAUAUUUGGUUAUAUGCCUCGUCCGAAGACUCCAGGAUUGGGAUUCAUGCAGCAACCAGCAGUACUUGCAGAACAUGUUCGACACCCUAAUUCUCCCGAGGAAGAGUUAACAGAAAUAUCGUCACAAAGAGUUCAGGUAGCUUUGCAAGCUUCACUUGAAGAUAAAGGAAAAAAUAAUGAAAUGCCUCGUAUGCAAAUUGUACGUACUUCAGAUCAAAAGCUUAAAAAUAAACUACAGACAAAUAAUAUGAUUCAUACACCACCAAUCCAACGUCGUCCAGAUUUCGUUGGAGAAGAAGGGCCUUUGAAUCCAUCCUUAUUUAAACCAAAUCCCUUUCCCGAAAGAUUAAAUAUAAAAAAUAACGAAAACUUAGAGAAUCAAAGAGGAUCGGCAGUAAUGAAACUCAAUGGACAUCGAAAUCCAUUUAAUAUCAGACGGCCAGGACCUAUCAUUAAACCAUCAUUUAACGGCAUGGAGCGAGAUAAAGCACCUACUAGAGUACCGUUUCGAGGAUUUCAAAUAAAGCCAAACCCGUUUCUUCAGAAUCCUCAAAGAGAAAUAGCGCCACACUUUUCAGGUUCCCAAAGAAAUUCACCCUUUCGACAAAGAAUUCCACAUCGUGUUGAAAGACCAAGAGAUUCGAUGCCACUUAUGAAUUCUAAUAACAAAUUUCCCCUUCUUCCACAAAUGGUAAAUCCAAUUGUUAAUUCUGCAGAAAAUAAUAUAAGAAUCAAAAUUCCAGACGAUGGGUCUGCAUCAAAAGAACAAGAAAUAUUACCACCAUUUUUGAAUACAGAAGUCACUCAGCAUUCAGCUAAAAAUUCUCGCCCUCAAUUAUUAACAAGCCACACAAAUACAAGGAACAUUCCUGCUUUAAUUAUGUCACCAAAUCGAUUACAAAUGCCCCAAAGGCCAACCUUUCAUUUACAAGAGGAAAUUGUUAAAAAAUUGCCGAUUCCAAUGGAUGGAUUUAAACAACAGGCUAUUGCACCACAUCCAAUAGCACCAAAUCACUUACCAAGCGAAAAGCAACAAAUGACACUAGAACAGAAACCUAGCAACAUGAAAGCCAAUUUAACAGUUCAUCAUAAUUCAGACAGUUUUGUAUCUAAUUCAAAUGAGGAUCAGAAGUCAGAAAUACAACCAUUUGAAUUAAGCUCUUCUAUUGUAGAGGUUCAAUCUGAUGACACAAAAGAUGAGUCCAUUAGAAAAGAGGAAAAUAAGCAAAAUGGUGAUAACAGUUCAGAGGAAGGAUAUGUAAAUCCUUCGUCAGAUUACGUAGAUUAUGACGUACCUUUUGGAGCUCGCUUAAAAUCUACGCCAAAUAAACCCAAACUAUCUUCCCAAAUGAUGAAUAGGCCCUUUCAUAGAAAACAACAAUCAACAUCGCCUUCUUUUAUAGAAAAAACUACUGAAAAUCCUGUUACCUUCAGUGAGUUGGAAGUUAAACAGUUAGAGGAAUUAACUGUUCCUCCAGAAUCGAGUAUUGAUAAUGCAGAAAAAGAAACCAACAAAGAAGCUUCGGUUCUUACAUUUUUAGAAUCUUUCCCUCGUAAAGAAAUUGUCUUGUCAACAGAAGACGAUUUUAAAGCUAAUAAUUCAGGUAGUGAAAAAAAAAUUGAGCCAUUAUUUCUAGAUGAUGAUGCUAUAGAAAAACACAAAGGAAGAAAAAAUAUCCUUCCUAAUCUUUCUGAAACUAACACUAAACUUCCCGAUAUACCACCUAGAGUUCCAGAAAAUAUUAAUCUUCCUCAUAUAUCAGAAAAGAAACCAUCCCAUGAUAAUGGCACAGAUUAUUCAAUUUUAAAUCAUGUUUUGUCUUUAAUAAGUGGUCCAUCGUAAAGAUAGACUGAUCGUUGCAAAAGAAAUUUUUUCCUCCGAGAUAAUUGAAGGAGACUAUUGAAUAUUUAUGAACUUUAAAAACUAUUUGCAACUUGACAUACAUCAGUAUCGUGGGAGGCAAGAUGUAUGUAGAAGAUGUGAAGUAUUUUGCGAACAAAAAAAAAAAAAAAAAAGAAAAGAAAAGAACGGUUAACACUUUUCAUACCAUUUUCGAAAGAUGACUGCAUACUGAAACGACAUUUUAAGUUAUAAAUGAUGGCAGGUCCAUCUAUUUUUGUAGUUCAUUCAUUGUAAUUUACGCACUUUUUUGUUAUCCAUAUGAAAAAUAAAAUAUUUUAUACUGGAA